GAAGGGAGGUAAUUUUCAAUCUGUAACAUUACGCCGAAGAGCUAAGAAUGGCACGUAGUCGAAGUAGGUCCAGGUCUCCAAAACGAUCAGACCGCAGGCGAUCAAGAUCACGCUCAAGAGAGCGAAAAUACAGACACAGAAGAAGUAGGUCUCGUUCUCCGGUUAUUAGACACAGAUCAAGAUCACCUGUUCACAGACGAUCUCGUUCUCAUUCUCCACGACGCAGGUCACAGUCUCCACGGAGAAGGUCACGGGAAAGAGAAGUAGGAAAGCCUAGUCAAGUGGAAAAGAAACCCCCAGCAAUAGAAAAACCAAAAAUAGAUGAAUCACAGUUAGUGGGACUGAGUGAGGAAGACCGAGAAAUGAUAACAUUGAUGGGUUUUGCCAAUUUUGAGACAACGAAGGGGAAGAAGGUUGAUGGGAAUGAUAUGUAUGCUGCAAACAUUCAGCGCAAAAGACGGUACAGACAGUAUAUGAACAGGCGAGGAGGCUUCAACAGACCACUGGAUUUCAUUGCUUGAUCUCUUGUAAUAAAUUUCCUAUGACUGUUCAAUUUCAAAUGCUUUUUGGUUACCAUCUGAAUUUUCGUAGGUUUUCAGAAUACAUUUUAACAUCAUAAAUGUAAUAAUGUGAAGCAUUGAGUGAUACCAAUAAAUUUUGAUUUACUUUAUGACAUUGUGUUUUAUAACCCAGAUAUUUUUAUUUAAAAGUCUGAGCUUCAUUUUUACUUCUAGACGCAUUAUACUGUAAGAUCAUCUGCCUCAAAACCUCACUGGUGUCAACAUCAUAUUCAAUAUUUGUCUCAUCUGAGCAUGACCACACUCCAGAGCCAAGCAGAUGGUGCUAGUAUUUUACUAGUAAAGUUUACUCUUUAAGUAAUAAUAAUAGGUUUGUAUGCAUGUUUUAUUGCAUGAAUUCAUGUUAGUCUGAUUCUGUUUGUCACAUAACUGUUCCACAAAAUCAAUUCUUAAAUGCUGAGUAUAUUAUUCCAUUCGAUCAUGAACUUGUAUUACUGGACUGCUGGCAGACGAUUUUCUUUCCAGUUAACUACUAUAACAAGGCAGAUUUGUACAAAGCUUCGGGUUUAUUUACAUACAUGAUUAAGGCUCGCCGAGACCAACAGCGGAGAACUUCGCAAGAGGCUAAGCGUUGGUCUCGGCAGACAGCAAUCCACCUAUACACGUCCGUGAUUCGAUACAAGAGCUACACACUGUCAGAUGCGAUGUGCUACAUGAAGAAAAAAAAAAAAAAGCAGGCAGAUAAUUGUUACCAUGGAUGAUCCAUUGUUCCCAAUAAACAUGUGCUCCCAGCUUU